ACAGCUGCGUCACAGAACCAGGAUAUUAUUGUAGCUGAUAACAGAAACUGAAAGUAAUACAGGUUAUACAGGUAUUUGUCUCCCAAUCUGUGUGUACAUGCAGUAAAAUGGCGGCAGAGAACUUUAGCUGUCCCGUGUGUCUGGAUCUACUGAAGGAUCCAGUGACCAUUCCCUGUGGACACAAUUAUUGUAUGAGCUGCAUUACAGAGUUCUGGAAUCAAGAUGAUCAGGAAGUCUACAGCUGCCCUGAGUGCAGGCAGACCUUCAACCCAAGACCUGCUCUGAAUAAAAACACCAUGCUGAGUACAGUGGUGGAGAAACUAAAGGCGAAACUACAAGCUGAUGUUCCUGCUCCGUGUUAUGCUGAAGCUGGAGAUGUGGAGUGUGACGUCUGCACUGGCAGAAAAUACAAAGCUGUCAAGUCAUGUUUGGUGUGUCUGAACUCCUUCUGUCACAAUCAUCUUGAACAACAUGAGAGUCUCUUUAAAGGAAAGAGACACAAUCUGACAGAUCACACAGACAAAUUUUGGGAGAUGAUCUGCCCCAAACAUAAUAAACAGCUGGAAAUCUACUGUCGUACUGAUCAGCAAUGCAUAUGUUAUUUGUGUACAAUGGAUAAUCAUAAAAAUCAUGAUACUGUGGCAGCGGUAUCCGAGAGAACAGAAAAACAGAUGUUAUUGCAACAAACACAGAAAAAGUGCAAGCAAAAAAUACAAGAGAGAGAAAAAUAUGUUCAGAUGCUGAAAGCGGAUGUGUCGUCUCAUAAGCGCUCUGCACAGACAGCCGUGGAGGAGUGUGACAGGAUCUGCACUGAACUGAUCAGCUCCAUUGAGAGAACACGCUCUGAGGUGAUACAGCUGAUCAGAGAUCAGGAAAAGAGUGCAGUGACUCAGGCUGAAGGACUCUGGGAGUAUCUGGAGCAGGAGAUUGAUGAUCUGAGGAGAAGUGAUGCCAAGCUUAAGCAGCUUUCACACACAGAUGAUCAUAUUUAUUUCAUCCAGAGUUUCCAGUCUGUCUUUGUACCUCAUGAAAUUACAGAUGAAGUCCUCAGCAAAUAUUGCUGUCAUUUUCCCUCUUUUGAAGAUGUGGGAGAAACUGUCUCUCAGUUGAACGAAACAAUGCAGUAUUUCUGUGAAGAGGCAAUAGAAAACAUAUCUAACAGAGAUUAUGAUUGUUCUUGGAUGGUUAGAACUACACCAUUAGAAAGCCAAAAAGAGAGAACACUAAAUAAAGAAGAGGAGAAGAAGAGCACUAACGAAGAAGUGUCCAUUGAGCCAAAUGUUUUCUUGCCAAAGAUGGAGGUGAAGACUGGUGUGGAGCACUGUAAACCUGAGGUUGACACUAAGGAUGAGGAGAUCUUGUUCGUAAAGAGUACCACACUUUAUUGCUUUGAUCCUGAUCUUAGUCAGUGGAAGAAGCGUGGAAGGGGAAACCUCAUGAUCCUCUUCAACCCAACAAAUAAGUGCUACCGUGUACUUAUGAGAAGGGAUCAGGACCUCACAGUGUGUGCCAACCACAUCAUUACCAAGAGCAUUGAGCUGAAGCCCAUGAACACUUCUGCUAAUGCACUGGUGUGGAAGGCUACUGACUAUGCAGAGCGAGAUGCUAAAGUAGAACAGUUUGCAGCCAAGUUCAAUACUCCAGAAUUGGCUGAGUCUUUCAGGCGAACAUUUACAGACUGCGUGUCGCAGGUGGACACCUCUCAAAUGUCCAUAGCCGUGGGACUUUCAAGAGAGACCAACCCAGUGGUCUUCUUCAGCAUCGCUGUAGACGACGACCCAAUCGGACGGAUCACAAUGGAGCUUUUCGCUCAUAUUGUUCCUAAAACGUCUGAAAACUUCAGAGCUCUGUGUACUGGGGAGAAGGGGUUUGGUUACCGCAACUCAGUUUUUCACAGGAUCGUACCAGACUUCAUGUGUCAGGGGGGUGAUAUCACCAAUCACGAUGGAACAGGCGGAAAAUCAAUCUAUAGAAAUACGUUUGAAGAUGAAAACUUUGACGUGAGGCACACAGGACCAGGGCUGCUGUCCAUGGCCAACCGCGGAAGAGAUACCAACAGCUCUCAGUUCUUUAUUACUCUUAAAAAAGCAGAGCACUUAGACUUUAAGCAUGUCGCCUUUGGCUUUGUCAAAGAUGGCAUGAAUGUUUUAAAAAGGAUAGGAAAACUGGGAACUAAAGAAGGAAAACCCUCAAAAAAGAUAACCAUCAAAGAUUGUGGACAGUUGUAAACUUUUCUACAUCGCUGGCUUAGAAAGAUAAGGUGGUAUCUGACUUUUUUCCAAAUUCACAUAUGCUUAUUCUGUAACAUAUUUAAAUUAUGAGAUGUUUUUUUCCAAGACAAGACUAUUCAACAAACAAAGUUGACUAGAAUGCUAAAACUAUUCAAAAUUACUCCGAAUGCAGAUAAUACCUUUUUUUACAUACUGCUUACAUACUGCUAUUUGUCAUCCAUAAAAUGUGUGAAAUGCUGAUUCUUUAAGUUUAAUGUCUGUAGUGGUUUAUUUUUGUAUUUUUAAUGGAUUAAUUAGCAGCAUGAUUUAUCAGCAAUAUUAAUUUAAAUAUGGCGCAUAUGCUCUAUAUUGUAUGAUUGAACAGAUUUAUAUAAUUACAAAUAGAUGUCCAAUAAUCAGCAUUACUGAACAAAAUGAAAUGAUUUUGGCUACUUCAGUGAGUAUAUGGCAGUUGGCGGCUAAUAUAUUUUAGUAACAAUUAAGCAAAAUUUUCAAAAGUCUGAUUAGAGAAAUGUGUGAUGUGUCUAGCUUUUGGGUAAACAAACACAAUUAAAUCACAAUAGUAUAGAUUUUGUGUCAACUAAAUGAUGUUGAGAUUCCCUGAUAACUGAGGGACUGCUACAAAACUAUUACAAAAGGCAGCAAACAUACAUUGAUGCCCUAUAGCAAGA